CAUCUCUAGUCAACUCCAAGUCUUUCUUGUGCUUGGUGGAAGUUUCUUGUAAUAGAUAAUAUCCCAUAAUUUUAGUGUAUAUAAUAUAUAUGAGGUGAUUAUAGGAUUCGGACCAAAACUGCACACAAUAUACAUACAUUUCUAAAAAAUGAAGUUGGGUUUGAUAAUUAGUUCCCUUUUAUAUUUUGUGACAUUGAUGUUAAUGCAAAAUCAAGGAUGUAAGGGAUGCUUAGAGAAAGAGAGAAUAGGGCUGUUGGAGAUCAAGCACUACAUCGUAGAAGGAUAUUCUUACCUUAGCACAAAAGGGUAUUCUUACAAUAUCAAAGAAUUGGAUUCAUGGGUUGAUGAUAGAGAUAGCAAUUGUUGUGUUUGGAAUAGAGUCAAGUGCUUUUCUGGUCAAAUAGUUGAAUUAUCCAUCUAUAGUUUAAUAAAUGAUUUCCCUGAUCCUAUUAUGUUAAAUGUUUCAUUGUUCCGUCCGUUUGAAGAGCUACGCCUCCUCAACUUAUCCUCCAACCAUAUUCAAGGCUGGAUUGGCAACGAAGGUUUUCCAGGACUUAAAAAGUUGGAGACACUAGACCUUUCAACCAACUAUCUAAAUAGUAGCAUCUUGUCAAGUUUGAAUGGAUUAAUGGCUCUAACAACUUUGAACCUCGGUUAUAACAUUUUAGAUGAUAACUUCUUCCCUCAAGGGUUUCCUAGACUUAAAAGAUUGGAGACAUUAGAUCUUUCAGGGAACGAUCUAAAUAGUUGCAUUUUGCCAAGUUUAAAUGGAUUGACUGCUCUAACAACUUUGAACCUCGGUGAUAAUGACAUGGAAAACUUCUCUUCUCAAGGAUUUUUGAGAUCAAAGGAGUUGGAGGUCUUAGACCUUUCCUAUAAUGGGCUGAACUGCAAUAUCAUAACAAGUUUGCAUGGAUUCACAUCAUUAAGGAGUUUGAUUCUGAGAUACAACAACUUCAAUUGUUCUCUCUCCACUUUAGAUUUUGCUAAAUUUAAUCGGCUAGAACUAUUGGACUUGGAUGGUAAUCAAUUGAUUGGUUCACUACAUGUUGAAGAUGUUCAACAUUUGAAAAACUUGAAAAUGUUAACUUUAAGCUAUAAUCAAAUGAACGGCUCAAUUGAAGGACUAUGCAAUUUGAAGGAUUUGGUAGAACUGGAUAUCAGCCAGAACAUGUUUAGUGCUAAAUUUCCUGAGUGUUUAAGCAACUUAACAAACCUCAGAGUUCUUGAACUUAGUAAUAAUCUGUUCAGUGGAAAGUUUCCAUCUUUCAUUAGCAAUCUCACAUCACUGGCAUACUUAUCCUUCUAUGGAAAUUACAUGCAAGGAUCAUUUUCAUUGAGCACUUUGGCUAAUCAUUCCAAUCUUGAGGUUCUAUAUAUUUCAUCAAAAAACAAUAUUGGAGUAGACAUUGAAACUGAAAAAACAAAGUGGUUUCCUAAAUUUCAAUUGAAGUCACUCAUUCUUAGAAAUUGCAACCUAAACAAGGACAAAGGAAGUGUCAUUCCUACUUUUCUUUCUUAUCAAUACAAUUUGAUGUUGGUGGACCUUUCCGGAAACAAAAUAGUUGGCUCAUCCCCAAGUUGGUUGAUACAUAAUCAUAACAUUAAUUAUUUGGAUAUAUCAAACAACAAUUUAAGUGGGUUGCUAACAAAAGAUUUUGAUUUAUUCCUUCCAAGUGCUACACAGUUGAACUUUUCAUGGAAUAGCUUUGAAGGAAAUAUACCUUCAUCAAUUGGUAAGAUAAAAAAACUUUUGCUCUUGGACCUCUCUCAUAAUCAUUUCUCGGGUGAGUUACCAAAACAACUGGCCACAGAUUCUGAUAGUUUACUAUACUUGUCCGUCUCCGACAACUUUCUAAGUGGUAAUAUUCCCAAAUUUUGUAAUUUAGGGAUGAAAAAUUUAUUUCUUAAUAAUAACAACUUUAGUGGAACACUUGAAGAUGUAUUGGGAAACAAUACAGAAUUAGCAUUUCUAUCCAUAUCCAAUAAUUCAUUCUCAGGCACAAUUCCUAGUUCAAUUGGGACGUUUUCUAACAUGGAAGUCCUUAUCAUGUCUGAAAAUCUAUUAGAAGGUGAGAUCCCUAUUGAGUUUUCCAACAUGUUCAGUCUUGAAAUGUUGGAUCUUUCUCAAAACAAGUUAAAUGGAUCAAUCCCACCUUUAAGUAGUUUGACUUCUCUAAAGUUCUUGUAUUUGCAAAAGAAUGAUCUCUCUGGAUCUAUACCAAUUGAACUGUCUGAAAGCUCAAAACUACAACUUCUGGAUUUGAGGGAGAACAAAUUUUCAGGUAAAAUUCCCAAUUGGAUUGAUAAUCUCUCAGAGUUGCGUGUUCUUUUACUAGGAUGGAAUAACUUGGAAGGAGAUAUUCCAAUUCAAUUGUGUCGAUUAAAAAAGAUCAACAUGAUGGACCUAUCGCGGAACAUGUUCAAUGCUUCAAUACCAUCUUGCUUCCAAAAUUUGACAUUUGGUAUAGGACAGUACAAUGAUGGACCUAUUUUUGUAAUCUCAAUAAGUCUGACACAAGAUAUUCCAAAUGGUGCACCUCCUUUAUUUGAAUUAUCUCAUGGCGAACUACACUUGGAAGUGGAGUUCAGAACAAAGCACAAUGAUUACUUUUACAAAGGUAAAGUCCUAGAGAAAAUGACUGGAUUGGAUUUAUCAUGCAACAAGCUAACAGGUACUAUCCCUUCUCAAAUUGGGCACCUGCAACAAGUUUUAGCCUUGAACCUAUCACAUAAUCACUUGUCGGGUCCUAUUCCAAUUACGUUUUCAAAUCUUACCGAAAUAGAGAGCCUUGACUUAUCAUACAAUAACUUGAGUGGUAAGAUACCUUAUGAGCUAACCCAGUUGACCUUUUUAUCAACCUUCAACGUGUCAUACAACAACCUUUCUGGAACACCACCUAGUACAGGACAGUUUGCAACCUUCGUUGAGGACAGCUACAGAGGUAAUCCCGGUCUUUGUGGAUCACUCCUCGACCGAAAGUGUGAAGGUGUCAAGUCUUCACCAUCAUCACAAUCCAAUGACAAUGAAGAAGAGGAAACAAAUGUGGACAUGAUAACAUUUUAUUGGAGUUUCACAGCAUCUUACAUAACAAUAUUGUUGGCCUUCGUAACAGUGUUGUGUAUCAAUGCUCGUUGGCGUAUGGCUUGGUUUUAUUACAUUAGUAAGUUUGCACGUAUUUUUUUUCCAACUUUUCCAUUGUACUGAAGAGUGUACGUAGUACCUGUUGAAACUUUACGUGGAGUCUCAAAUAUUUGGAUAUUGUAAUUUUUAUAUUUAUCGUUAAUUUCAGACAGUUUGAUGCUGGACAUGAUUUUAAGCUCUUUUUAUUUUUUCA